AUGGGCCAAGACAGUGGCGAACAAGCUGGACCUGAUCCCCAGGAACAGAACCCACAAGAAGUUUCGUCUCAAGACGAUGGAAAUCGACCCGAUGAUCAAGCAGCCGAACUAUCCCAGCAAGAAACGAACUUGUCAGCCACAGGAAACUAUGAGGCUAAUCAAGAGGAUCGUGUCCAGAAACCCCCUGGAAGUUCUAAGGAACAGCACCCUGUACCUCAGGUGGGAGAUUCUAACCGCCGACAUUUGUAUGCUCAUAACCCUCCAAUCUCUGAUGAUGAGUUCGCCGAAGCGUUACAUGCGUUCAAUAACUCGAUCACAAACGCCGAGACAGGAGAGCGUGAUUCCCUAGCAACCCACCAGCGGCCUCGCACUCCUCCCAUAGAGAGAGCCCGAAGACAUAUGCAAAGCCUAGAAGAGCAGGGUGUGCAAUUCACAGACGACUUGGAGAAGGAGAUUAUCGACAACAUGAUACACAGCAUGGGCCUUGUCCCUGCUUUGACAGAGUGGUGCGAGAAUGAAGCAGGCAUCCCUGUUGAAUACGCCAAUAAGCUGUUGAAGGAGAUAGAUCAACUGAAGCUCGCAAUGGCCAAGCAGCAGCGCGACUUACACAAGAAACUUGCCUCACAAAUGAAGUCUAUUGAGGAUUAUCAGUCACAGAAGAAAGGGCGGAAGCUCGACAAACAGAUGGAAGGGAUUGAGAAAGAAGAUGCCAACGACAAACUGGAGGGUCUCGAUGACAUCUCUAUUCCAUCUUCAAGGCCUUCUCUUGAAAUUCCGAGAACUCCUCCUGGAACCGAGGGAUCAACACCAGCGAGUUCACGUUCGACGCUGGUCGAAAUGGGAGAGAGACAAAGUCUGCAACAGCAAGUGUCAGACCUUCAACAGAGACUUGAUGAAGCAAGAAAAGACAACGAGCGGCUCCAAGAAUCCAACGGGUCAGUUUCAGACAAGGACUCCACCAACUCUUGGCCGGAAAAGGGUGAUAAAAUCAAUACAUUGGAAAAGGAGAAUGAGGACCUGAAGGUCAAGCUCGAGGGUCAGAUGAAAGAAAUGAACGAACUACACCAGAAGAUUGCGAAGCUUCAGCAGACUGACGGCCAUCAAGACCAAUCAGAGGACAUGGAAGCUUCAAACACAGAUUCUGAAAGCUCUUCGUCAGAAAGGAUCGAGGAUCUUAAGCAGAAGCUCAAAGAUCAACAGAAAGAAAUCGACAAGAAUGGACGAUUAACCCGCCGGAUUGCAGAGCUCCAGAUCAAUGUGAGACACUUCGAUCGACAGGCUCAACUCCAGCGAAACCGACUGGAAGAGUUGGAGGCUUCAAGUAAUGAGGCUGCAAGCUCUUCUUCAGAGGAGAUCAAGGGUCUCAAGGAGAAGCUUGCGGAGAAGACUCAAGAUCAGAAGAGAGAAACCAACAAGAAUGAGGCCUUAACCCGCCGGAUUGCAGAGUUACAGAUUAAUUUGAGACACUUCGAUCGAGAGGCUCAAGUCCAACGAGACAAAUUGGAAGAGUUGGAAGCUUCAAAGGCAGAAUGUGUGAAGUCUCUUUCAAAGAGGAUCUCGGAUCUCGAGGAAGAAAUUGAUGAUCUCAAGGAGGAGCUUAAGGAGAAGACUCACAAUCAGAAGAGAGGAAACGACAAGAAUGAGGCAUUGACUCGCCGGAUUGCAGAGCUCCAGAUUAAUGCAAGACACGUCGAUCGAAAGGCUCAAGCCCAACGAAAUCGACUGGAGGAGUUGGAAAGGGUCAAUUUCACGACCGCUGACAGGUUGGUCGAGGCGCUCAACAGCGAGAAAGAAGAGUUCAAUGGCAGGAAUGGUAUGAGCCUCGUGGACAAAAUCAACUACAUGAACAUGGCUACCUUCUUCCGCACCUGCAACUACGUGCGGCUGGCUAUCCGAGAGAAUUCCCUCCCUAUAGCCAACGUUCUCAUGAACGACGCUGAAAAAUGGUUCACCUUCUGCCAGGAGGACUUGGCAACGAUGGAACCAAGCGUCAGAAUCCAGAUGCAAGCCUCGAUGCAUGUCCUCAAUGGCGCCAGGAGGGCUUUGAUUCCCAGGAAUCAAGAGAAGACUAAAGCUGGUCGAGAGGGCGCUCAGUAUGGAUUGGAUUACCUCGAAAAGUAUCCUGAGGGCACUGCCUUUGAUCAACUUAGACGACUUGCCAACACUGUCAUUGAGAGCACCAGUGAUGAACAACCCUUGCUUAAGAAAGUUCUCCAGCGCACUCAUUAUGGCAGAAAAAGAGUUCGGGAUCAGAUCUGGAAUGAUCCAAACAUGAAAGAGUCUGAGUUACGUCGUCCUGGCUUGCACUCCCCUGCGUCUCCUAGCAAGUGGGACACCGGUAAUCUUGAUAAGGACAAUACGAUUGGGGAGAAUGAUGAGGGAAACUGA